GGAAUUUUAGUUAAAAGUGUUUUGUUUUCAUGAGGAAGGUGACCCUUGGAAGCACCGAAGGGUCUAUCGAUCCGAGGAAGAUCACCUCUGACCUCUUGCUUACUUGUAAGGUCCUCGUUCACUCUGGUCCUCUCGUCCUACAAAAUGUACACUCUUCUCUCAAACCGCCAUUACCAUAAUAACAACCUCAAAAACUCAAUAUUCUCAACAACAACACACUACUUUCCUUCUUCCAAUAAUGUCUUCUUUAUUCUCUGUUCGUUUUCUUGCUCCUCCAUCAUCAUGCUUCCCCAGCUCUCGGCCCAAGACAUGGCUCUGCGCCGCCACCACCCCAACGGUGGCUCCGGCAACUGCCUCCUCGGAGGUGGAGGCUUCAAGGUUGGAGCCUAGAGUGGAGGAGAGAGAUGGGUUCUGGGUUUUGAAGGAAGAGUACAGGGGAGGCAUCAGCCCUCAGGAAAAAGUGAAGCUUGAGAAAGACCCCAUGAAGCUCUUUAUGGAAGGUGGGAUUGAGGACUUGGCUAAGAUGUCCCUUGAGGAAAUUGAGAGCUCCAAGCACACCAAGGAUGAUAUUGAUGUUAGACUCAAGUGGCUUGGCCUUUUUCAUAGGAGAAAGCAGCAUUAUGGUAGAUUUAUGAUGAGGCUGAAGCUUCCAAAUGGGGUGACAACAAGUGCCCAAACACGAUAUUUGGCUAGUGUGAUCAGGAAGUACGGAAAAGAUGGGUGUGCUGAUGUAACAACGAGGCAGAAUUGGCAAAUUCGUGGUGUGGUGCUACCUGAUGUGCCAGAAAUUCUCAAGGGCCUCGAUGAGGUUGGAUUGACUAGUCUUCAGAGUGGAAUGGACAAUGUGAGAAACCCUGUUGGUAACCCUCUUGCAGGCAUUGACCCAGAUGAGAUUGUUGAUACACGACCUUACAACAACUUGUUAUCUCAAUUCAUCACUGCCAAUUCACGCGGCAACCCAGCCAUGUCAAACUUGCCUAGGAAGUGGAAUGUGUGCGUGGUUGGAUCCCAUGAUCUGUUUGAGCAUCCCCACAUUAAUGAUCUGGCUUACAUGCCUGCAAACAAGGAUGGGCGUUUUGGAUUCAACUUACUUGUUGGUGGUUUCUUCAGUGCCAAGAGAUGUGCUGAAGCAAUUCCACUUGAUGCAUGGGUCUCCGCAGAUGAUGUAAUCCCACUAUGUAAAGCUGUCCUUGAGGCCUAUAGGGACCUUGGCUUCAGAGGGAACAGACAGAAAACAAGAAUGAUGUGGUUGAUUGACGAAUUGCAUGGUCUAUUUCCACUGUCAUUAAGUGUAUCUGCUUGGCAAGUAAGUGAUAAAAGUGUUUGGCAAAUGAAGGGGAUAGAAGUAUUCAGGUCAGAGGUGGAAAAAAGAAUGCCAGGGAAGCAGCUGGAGAGAGCAUCUGAGGAAGAACUGGUUAAGAAAAAAUGGGAAAGAAGAGACUACUUAGGUGUUCAUCCACAGAAACAAGAUGGCCUAAGCUAUGUAGGGAUUCACAUUCCAGUUGGUAGAGUUCAAGCAGAUGAUAUGGAUGAGUUGGCGCGAUUGGUGGACAAAUAUGGAACUGGAGAGCUCAGGCUCACAGUGGAGCAAAACAUAAUAAUCCCAAAUGUGGAUAGCAACAAAAUUGAUGCCUUGCUCAAUGAGCCUCUCUUGAAGGAGAGAUUCUCACCUGAACCUUCUCUAUUGAUGAAGACACUGGUGGCAUGCACUGGCAACCAGUUUUGUGGGCAAGCCAUAAUUGAGACAAAGGAAAGAGCAUUGAAAGUGACUGAGGAAGUGGAGAGGCAAGUGGCUGUGACUAGGCCUGUGAGAAUGCAUUGGACUGGCUGCCCCAACACUUGUGGCCAGGUGCAAGUUGCUGACAUUGGUUUCAUGGGGUGCAUGGCUAGGGAUGAGAAUGGUAAGGCCACUGAAGGUGUGGAUAUUUUCCUGGGAGGGAGAAUUGGAAGUGAUUCACAUCUAGCUGAGGUGUAUAAGAAGGGUGUGCCUUGCAAGAACUUGGUGCCUAUUGUGGUAGACAUACUAGUAAAGCAUUUUGGUGCUGUCCAAAGGAAUAGAGAGGAAGGGGAAGAUUAAACUUUAUGGCCAUUGGCAAUUUUAGUUUCUUUACUAAAUCUACCAUUGUCCCUGAACAAAAGUAUCAGUGUCCUCUACAUAAAAGAAAAAGGGAUGAUCAUGAGACAUGCAUUAUAUCAUAUGCAUGUACACUUUUGGAUAAGACAUGUACAUUCUUUGCUAGUCCCUAAGUUACACUUUAUUUCUUCAAAGAUGUAUGCUAUAUAUUUCUCAUUUUCUUGUGGCAAAUGCUUAAGAAUUAUUUUUUCAUUAUAAACUAA